AUGUUUGCUUUCUAUCCCGAAGAACCAGAAUACUAUUAUAUACCCAGCAGUUAUUACCCUCGUUCACAAUUCUCAGGGUGUCGCCAACAUAACCAGCCUCCUUGUUCUUAUCACUCGAAUCCAUAUUCAUCCUACUCCCACCCGUGUUCAGACUCGUUUCUGACUCCCACUCACAACAAUAAUCGUAGCUAUCACAGAAACUACAAUCAAGGCGCCUAUCAUAACAGAAAUACUAAUCGUCGAGACAGAAGUGAAGAUGACUCCAUAUUCCUGAAUAAUCAUCGUCAACGCGACUCUUUGUUUACUCCUGAUUCCUUUUUUAAUGUUCAGCCGAAUUACGUUGACCUUGAGAGGAUGAGCCGAGGACCUCAAGGACGUAAAUUCCAUAAUGGCGAAGAAUUAAAAAAGAAGACCACACCCUCAAGAAAAUCACGGUCGAUCCCAGUUACCACUCCUUCCGAUUCUGUCAAAGCAAAUAAUUCAAAAACAACACUCGAUAAAAAUCUGGCAUCCCGAAAAAUCUAUAAAUUCCUGAGAUACGAUACCGCUAAUCAUAAAACCAGAAAAGUUCUUUCAAAACUGUUGCAACUACGAAACAUACAAAAUCAAUUGACUAAUUUGAUACCUUCAAAUGGUCAAUUGAUAUUGACAUUCAGCACAGAUCAAAAAACGCCACAAGUAUUACCUAUAUCGAAGGAUAAUAAGAAAUAUUUGGAAUACGAGGACACGGUUUUGAAGAUCUUGAGUAAAUUAGAUGAAAUUGAUAGUAAUGGAUAUGAUAUCGUCAGAGAGAGGAGAAGAGAGAUCGUGGGAUUGGCUCAAGGAAUUCUAAAUAGAUUGGACGAGGAAAAAGAAAGGCAAUGGAAAGAAUUUAAGGCGGUUACGAUAGAAGGCGAGGAUAAUAAUAAUACAAAUUUUGAAAAGAAUACCAAGGUAGAGGGUGAUGAUCUAAAUGAUAAUAAUACGGUGACCGAGGAGGAGGAAAGUAUGGCGGUAGACGAUGUUAGCGAAGAGAAAGUUGGCACACCCAUAAUAGUUUCAGAAGUUGAUGUGACCGAUGCUGAAAACAAUACAACUCAACCAUCUUCCAUAAUUGCAUUGGAAGAUCUUGAGGAUGCCAAUAUAAAACCAUACAGCAUAUCACAAGAAAAUGAUGUUAAAGAAACCGUUCUAGCGGAUGAAGCUCAGAACGAUAUAACGAAAGAAGAAGGUGUGGCCGAAAUAAAUUCCUCUGAUUCCAUAAAUACGAAAGAAAGUAUGGAUGUCGACGAUCCUUCUAUAGAAGAUACUAAAGACGAGUCUCCAUCCUUCGUGGAUCAAGAGAAAUCAAGUAAAAGAACGGAUGAUGAAUUUGUGGUGAUAGAGUCGGAGGAUUUAAAUAAAGCAUGA